UUUAGAAAACAUAUAUAUAACUGUCACAAUACAUAUCGAAUACUUUUGUAUCCCUAAUAAAUUAUGGAAAGCUCUCAACUAUUUUUUAUCAUCAUGUUCCUCUACACAAUAGUCUUAUCGAUAAUCUCAAUCAACUGCACAGAGAAGAAUAACAAUCUCGUCACAAACCAAGCUGCUUUGUUCGUGUUCGGAGAUUCUCUGUUCGAUGCCGGAAACUACAAAUACAUCAAUAAUAAUUCAGCUUUCCAAUCAAAUUUCUUUCCGUACGGUCAAACCACUUUCAAGUUUCCAACCGGAAGAGUCUCUGACGGACGUUUGAUUACCGAUUUCAUAGCUGAGAACGCAUGGUUACCACUGAUCCCACCAAAUCUACAACCAAGCAAUAGUAACAAUCAAUUUACCUAUGGAGCUAAUUUUGCUUUUGGCGGUGCUGGAGCUUUGGUGGAAACCUUUCCAGGAAUGGUGAUAGAUUUGGGAACACAGUUAAAUAGCUUCAAGAACGUUGUCAGGAGCUUGAAAUCUGCAUUAGGAGAUGCAGAGGCUAAGACGAUUUUCUCAAGAGCUGUUUAUCUGUUUAAUAUCGGAGGCAACGACUUAGUUUAUCCCUUAGUUGCAAACUCUUCACUUUUUCAGUCCAAUACCAAAGAAAAAUUCGUUGAUUUUGUUAUUGGUAACACAACAUCCGUGGUCGAGGAAGUGUAUAAAAUAGGAGGAAGAAAGUUUGGAUUCUUGAAUAUUGGAGCAUACGAGUGUGCACCAGUCAUAUCGAUUUUAGACACAACAAACAUAGGAUCAUGUUCCAAACCACUCGCUGAGCUGAUAUAUUUGUACAACAAGAAGUUUCCGGAUGCUUUACGGCGGCUACAACGUGAACUUUCCGGAUUCAGAUAUGCCUUUCACGACUAUCACACUUCUUUGUUGGAAAGAAUCAACAAUCCUUCUAAAUACGGGUUUAAGGAAGGUAAGAUGGGAUGUUGUGGAAGUGGACCAUUGAGAGGAAUUAAUACUUGUGGGAAUCAAAUGGGAAAAAGUUACGAAUUAUGCGAAAACGUUACCGAUUACUUGUUUUUCGAUGCCUCUCAUUUGACAGAGAAGGCCCAUCGACAAAUCACAGAGCUGAUAUGGAGCGGACCGCCUAAUGUCACUGGACCUUAUAAUCUUCAAGCUUUAUUUGAACUUAAUUGAAAUCACCGAUGUAUGUCUAUGAAAAUAAAGAUGAGAUUGCUAUAUAUGUCGUUUUUUUUGUGCACAAGCUUUAUUUGAACUUAAUUGCUAUAUAUCUUGUCUAAGCUUGUUAAAAAUAUACUAUGUUUCAAAUAAUAUCAA